GGAGGGGGGGGGGGAGAAAUAAAAGUGAGGGGGGUUGAGACAAGACGGGGGUCCCCGCGGAGAGGAAGGAGGAAGAGGCUGCAGAGGAUGAAGAGCAGCGCCGGCUGCCGCUGGAAGCCGACGGGCGCUUCCUCCCGCGCGCUCCCCGGACAGCUCCGCAAGGAGCCCGCCGUCACGAGCGUCGGUCUCCUCGGCACUCGGACGCAGUCCGGGGCGUGCGGCAGCUGCGGGGAUCACGGUCGCAGGCCGACUCCUCCUGGGGAGCCCCCGGCUCUCCAGCCAACCGGGUCUUACAGAGACCACUCAUCCGUGAGCCUCAAGCUAGCAGGUUUCAGCACGCGCCCAUGCGUCGCCCAGUCUGCCUGUCCUGACGAGGUGUGCAACCCUCCGGGCGCCACAGAAUCGGCAUUUCUAAAGACUUGGAACAACUUCAUUAAAUUAAACAGACCUCGGACACAACCAUGUUUUCUGAAAAAUGAUUUGCAUGCAUUUGCUGCCCGGCUGUACCAUCCCCGCCAGCCUUCCAUCCUCUCUGCCUUCACCGUGAUCCCGAACAGCCUGCGAGAGGUAAAGACCACCUGCAGCGGGAGGUGGGGCUCGGCUCAGACAGGCUCAGCUGAGCUCCAGAGUGAGGGUGCUGAACAGAGCUGUGUGUGGAGUCGCCAGCUGCUGGCCCUCACCCUCACACUGCCAGCACGACAGGAUCAAUGCGACCCAGCGAGAAGUCAAGCUGGAUACGACCCACAAACGCACGGACAGGUUCACAGAAUACACGCUGCUCUCGCUAGCUCCAGACUUAAAACCCAGCGGUUUCUCCCAGCGGAAAGCGCAGGCAGGCAGGCAGUCGAGGAACGCUGGCGCUCAUGCUUUCCCCUGCUGCUCUCAACGCUGUCCAGGUCACAGGUCACCAGCCAUUAGCGGCGCAAGACCACCCCACUCAUGUAGCCGGGCUCACAGGCCGAGCGGGUCACAGAAGCCGCCGCCGCUCCCCUGCGACGUCUAGGCUGCGGCAGAGGACCACGCCUUCCGCCUGGCGGAGCUUCCCGCUGUCCCGCCGCCCCAGCGCUCAGCCCAGCCCCGGCGGCGGGGGGCCAGGAGCGGCCCCGCGCUCGG